GGCUCGGCGGCCCAGGCGGCGGCGGCGGCGGCGGCGGGGGCGGCGGCCACGCGGGUCCGGCGGGAGCAGCUCCGGGGACUGCGCGGCGUCUGCAGGUGCCAUGGCCGCCGUGGACAGCUUCUGUCUCUUGUACAGGGAGGUCGCCAGGUCGUGCAGCUGCUACAUGGAGGCCCUGGCCUUGGUCGGGGCCUGGUACACGGCCCGGAAAAGCGUCACCAUCAUCUGUGACUUCUACAGCCUGGUCCGGCUGCAUUUCAUCCCCCGGCUGGUCAGCAGAGCGGACCUGGCCAAGCAGUACGGGCGCUGGGCCGUCGUGAGCGGUGCCACCGACGGCAUCGGAAGGGCCUACGCGGAGGAGCUGGCCAGCCGCGGGCUCAGCAUCGUCCUCGUCAGCCGGGACAAAGAGAAGCUGCAGGCGGUGGCCCGGGACAUAGCCGACACCUACCGAGUGGAGACCGACAUCAUCGUUGCCGACUUCAGUGGAGGCCGCGAGAUCUACCACCCGAUCCGGGAGGCCCUGAAGGACAGGGACGUGGGCAUCCUGGUGAACAACGUCGGCGUGUUCUACCCCUACCCGCAGCCGUUCACGCAGCUGCCUGAGGUCACGCUCUGGGACAUCAUCAACGUGAACAUGGCAGCGGCCAGCCUGCUGGUGCACAUGGUGCUGCCCGGCAUGGUGGCCCGACGCCGGGGCGCGGUGGUCACCAUCUCCUCCGGCUGCUGCUGCAAGCCCACGCCCCAGCUGGCCGCAUACUCGGCAUCCAAGGCGUAUCUGGACCACUUCAGCCGGGCGCUGCAGUACGAAUACGCCUCCAAAGGCAUCUUCGUGCAGAGCCUGAUCCCCUUCUGCGUGGCCACCGGCCCCGCCAGCAGCUUCCUGCACAAGUGCCCGUGGCUGGCGCCUUCGCCCAAGGUCUAUGCCCACCACGCGGUCUCCACCCUGGGCAUCUCGAAGAGGACCACAGGCUACUGGUCCCACUCCAUCCAGUUCCUUUUCGCACAGUAUAUGCCUGAGUGGCUCUGGGUGUGGGGAGCAAACUUUCUGCAUCGUUCGUUACGUCGGGAGGCCUUAUCCUGCGCGGCCUGAAGCCGGGACGGACCCCGAGGGGCGCCCGCGGUUUAUCUCC